AUGGCGUGGUUUGAGUCUUUCCGCAAUGAGUACGGGUUCGCAGCCUACCAGGACAACCGGACCUCGGUCAGCUUCGACAUCCCUCUGCUGAUUGUCACCUACCUGUGUGUUCUCGUGUCCAUAGCAACGCUCAUUGCUACCCUUGGCAUCAGAGGUCGGGAACGCUGGUCGACCACUAUCCGUGCUAUGUACGCAGUCGGCAUUGGGUCUGUCAUUCUAGCAUGUCUAGUUGGCUAUGGUUGGCAGGAAGGUCGAGUGAGGAUUAAGUGCCCUUACAUCUACAGAAACAACCUGCCCUUUGAGGGAUUUGUUGGGAUCAAAGUGGGUUUGAACUACGUCAAUGUCACAUUGGAAGGUAACUACAGGACCGCUGCAGGACCAGGAUACGUUUACUUCGCCGAGAGCAUGCCUUAUAGCGACUUCGGCCACGAACCAGAAGGGUAUCAUUAUUUUCUGAUCAAGGGUCUCCCUGAACCCAUCCUGAAGGUAAUGGGGUUUCUCACCGUGGAUGAGGGUGAUCUCAGAUGGGGUCGAUCCCUGCACGCCUCUGGAUAUUAUACUAUGGCUCUUCUGUGGACGUCUUUCGCCUUCUGGAUCAUCGCCAACGUCCUGUUGUGCAGCGUCAUCGUCUACGGGGCCUACAUGUUCACCCUCACGGGCCUGACCAUGCUGAUUGGCUGUAUCACCUACCACGUGUGCCAGUGCCGUCUGCCAAUGGGGAUCAACUUUGGGGAGGCCACUCUGACCAUAACCUACUCAUGGUGCUACUGGCUGACCCUUGCUUCAGGUUGUCUGACAUUAGUCCUCGGACUGUUGCUCAUCCUAGCUGACCAUUUCGCUCACGAGGGUGUAGCGGAGUUCUUUCACCUGGAGAAACUGAUAGACGAGGACGCCUUUGAGAACGACAUUCGUCCAGAACGCACAAAAAUGAACCUGAUGAACGGCCAUGGUGUCUGUGAAGGGCCACGUCGAGGCAGCAUCUUCCUAGACCCAUGCAGACAACCAGCAGACAACAGCACCCGCUUCCUGCCUGGUACCAACCAUGUGUUUGUUACUUCGGCCAGUGACAUGUCUGGUCGCUUCAUGAAGACCAACCCCAUAUUCUGUGGAGACGAUGAGGCCAAGCCCAGCACUGACAAUGACCAGGAUGAAGAGACGAGGAUCGAGAUGGAGCGAGUGUGCGAGGACAGUCAGGUCUGCCAGAGCACCAAGAAGCCAUCGUUGGCAACGCUCAAGGAACACAGAGAUAACCACGCCAACGAGAGGGUUUCUGCAUCGACUUCAGGCGACAAAAGCUGCAGAUACACUCCCUUUGGAAAACUCAAGGGCAAAGUCAGUUACCCCGAACAGAGCCCCACAUUCAGCAAAGCAGACAAGGAGUUUUACGUCCCCUGUCGUGGACUCAGACGGGAAAGUUGUCCCGUUGGAAUCUUUUCUUCCCGAGUUCUAGACAGAUCCAUUUCGGAAGCAUCUUGCGAAACGGAUAGAACUGAAACACUCCAAAAGGAGUCUUUCGGCGAAAUUUCGGCUUGCGUCGAUUCCGACGAAGAUUUGUCACAUGAAGUGUUCCAACCGGCAGAUUGCGCAAUAGACGAAUCGCAAUCGAAUGAUAACGGAAAUUCGUUAUUAGUCUGUGAAAAAGAAGAAGAAAUACACAGCAAAAAUACAACACAGUAUGUCUGUGAUGGCACAAGUUCAGAUGUUGUUGUGAAUAUUAGCUGA